AUGAGUUGGCUAGUAACUAUAUGUAUUAUCAUCUUUACCUUUGCUUUCACCGCGAAUAUUUCUGCUCAAUCAUAUAUUGCCGACCCGCUCCAUCAACUUAAUCACAAUAUUACUGUCACUACUAUAUGGGACAAUAGAUUUGGUGAACGAAGUGUCGGCUACUUCACAAGUGUUGAAGGCCUAGCGAUCAUUGACGGAGAUGUUGCUUAUGGUACGGAGGCUCAAUUAUUGAGUAGCGGACUACGCUCUUUUUCAGUUCAACAACCCUGGCCGGGUGCCACAGUUGUGUACAAAUAUGACACGGCCGCUACUGCUGCUCGAAUUGCGACCAUCGUCAACACCGCCAUUGCCCGUUGGCAAUUGAGCAGCCCGUAUUUGACCUUCCAGCAACUUCCCGACAACGCCACACCAGUCAACGGUGUACUUACUAUAUCGUCAAAUGGCUGCGAUGGUUGUUAUGCUAAUGUUGGGUUUGGCGCCAAUAUACCCCUACGAAUGAAUUUGCAGCAGCCUAAUGCGACAUGCACUGGUUCCUGCGGCCCCAAUGAAACAACCCAUGAGUUUGGUCAUGUGCUUGGGCUCCUUCAUGAACACCAGCGCCCUGACCGCGAAAGGGUGGUCAACUACCACUGUGCGAACGUAUCCCCUAGUUGUACGGGUGGUGUCAAUAUGCCCGCUGGGUCCGACUGCUGUACUACUGCCCCACCUGGCUGCUGUGGUAGCGCGCAAAACUUUAACAUCCUCAGUGGCAUAGGAAGGCCCCACGACUAUCAAUAUGACGUCAAAUCCGUUAUGCACUAUACCUCCCAAGCUUUCGCACUUCCAGGCAGGUUCACUUUAACACCUGUCAAUUCGGCAGUCACGUUACCCAUGGUCAAUCCAUCAAACCCUAGCGUACUAGAUGUGGGACGGGUCUGCAAAAUUUACGAAGCACAAUGCCCACAAGCUCAGGGUUGUCUGGCCCUCGGAUGUCCUUACAAAGACACUGUUUGUGAGGAUGUAGGAUCGGGCUACUGUUCGCUCCACCCUUACGCGGAUGGAUGUGCAGGCAGUCCAGCAGCGAAAUGUCUGGAGAAGAUAGAGAUGUGCAAAGGAGCAGGCGCACAGGCCUUGACCACUGAGCCUCGGGCUGAGCAGCGGGCAAUUCGCGGGCAUCUCUUUGUUGCGGGAUUCGGUUGGUUGUCGUUGCUCGGUGGUUCUGGCUGGCUUGGUACUUGA